UGUCUCGGGGGCUAUCACAACAAUCUCCGCGACUCUAAUCACUCAUUUCCGCCAGAAUUCCCGAAAGCGAUAAAAUCGUCUCAUCCUCUUCCGCCUUUAUCACCCCAUUUUUUAACCCCUCUGAAUGACAUUUCCCCUCGUCCAGCUGUCACCACAAAAAUCAAUAUAAUGCAGUAACAACAUCGAAUAUCGCUCUAUUCACACCACAGACGACCCCACGAUGGACUUUAAUGUGAAAAAAAUCGUCAAGGAUGCGGGGGCUGCCAUCAGUCGCGUCGUCCAGAUGACUGAAGAAAAACUCGGCACUUCCGAAAAAACCGAGCUCGAUGCACAUUUCGAGAACCUGUGGGAUAGAGCCGACAAUACCAGGAACUGGACGGAGAAACUCGUGCGGAACACGGAGGCUGUCCUCAUUCCGAACCCCGGCAACAGGAUCGAGGAUUUCAUUUACGAGAAGAUCGACAAGAAGAGACCGUCGCGGCUGAGCAAUUUGGAGUACUUGGGGCUGGAUAUGAUCGAAGCUGGGAAUAUGUUUGGGCCGGGGACGGCGUACGGGAGCUCCUUGAUCAAAGUGGGGCAGUGGGAGCAGAAGCUGGGGCAGAACGAGAGGGAUUUUAUUGGGUCGGCGGCGAUGUGCUUCACGCAGCCGUUGCGCAAAUUCCUCGACACGGAGAUGAAGACCAUUCUUAAAGAGAAGAAUCUCCUGGAGACGAAAAGGUUGGAUUUGGACGCCUGCAAGAAUCGGGUGCGGAAGGCUCGAAGUAUGUUGGGACAGCCGACACAUUUUGCUUUACCUAUGACGCAGAAGGACGGGAUUCCCCCUGAAGAGGUUUUAGAGCAGGCGGAGCGGGACCUGCGUAUAGCGCAAUCCGAGUUCGACCGACAAGCCGAAAUCACUAAGCUCUUGUUGGAGGGAAUCGGAAGCUCGCACGCUGCCCAUCAACGUUGUUUGCUGGAAUUUGUCGAGACCCAAGCCCGGUUCUACUCUCAGUGCACCACCAUCAUGACGGAUCUACAGCGGGAGCUCGCAAGUAUGUCCUCGAUGCCUGGUGUCGAUCCCAACUCCCCCAUAAAUCCCAAAAACGAAUGGAACAACGAAAUGAGGAAAGCCCGAGUCAUUUACGAUUAUGAUGCUCAAGAUACCACCGAAAUGAGCCUCAUGGCGAACGAGAUUAUAAUGGUUAAGGAGUUGGGCGACAAGCCCAACGAAGACUACCUCUACGGUGAACGCGGCCACCAGAAGGGCAAAGUCCCUCGAGCCUUUCUCGAAUUCAUUUCUUAACGAAUUAGUCUUCCGGUAUUCCAUGUAUUUAUUGUGAUCCCACAUCGUUGUAAUCAUUCCUCACUCACUCGAACGGCAUUGAUGACAAUAUUGUUGUGUUCACGUUUUGUUGAUUUGUACAAAGUUUAUUUCAUCUUGCCAUUCUUUGUGAAUUUCUGUACGCAAUAAUGCAGUCAAUUGACCGAAACGGCGCAAUUACACAAUAUCAGCAUGUAUCUAUAAGCUUUAAAGUGUGUCGAGAGUUUAGCCAGUUUAACUUUACUCUCUAGUUGUAAAAAAAAAAUUGUUAAUCGUUAAUGCAAAUAAAGAUGUACAAAGAAAAACUAAA